UUGAACCAUACAGGGAAGUAAAAUAAUUUUUUUACCUUUUUUAAAUUAUUUCAGUUUCAGUGUUAACCAUAUAUUGUGUGGUGAUAAAAUGUUGCCUUUCAGGAAAAACACUUCAAAUUGUUGAAUUUAAGUGAAAUAACAGGAUUUUACUUUAAAUUGACUGUUUUUAUACUAAACUAAUUGUGUGUAAUUUCAUAUGUAUGGAGAAAACCAUCAAAAUAACGCACAAGUGUCUUCCAAUGGCUUGACCUCUUUCACAGAUUCCAGCAGUAACUGCUCUGUGAAAACAAUGUUUUAGAAGUUGUAGAUAAUUGUUUAUUUCAGUUACUAAAAAGGAAACUUGAAGUGAAAACUUUUCUCAAAUUUUAAGUAUAUUAUUUCAAACAAUAUUACUUAAUAGAAACAUAAAAUAUAAAAUAUGGUCCAGCUUAUGAACUGCUAAAACAUGCUGGCAAGAGAUUUCCCUUCAGCAAGUCAUUGUAUGCCAAAAUAAACUUUCUGACACUCUAAAAUCUGUAUGAAGAUUUAAACUCAGUGUAUCAACAACUUUUUAAAUGGCGUUUCAGUUACAGUUACAGGAAGUUCCGACACUUCUCUUUUUCUCGGGGCCUUCUGAAGCCAGAGGACAUUCGUCAGGCCAGGUUACAGCAGAGAGGGUAAACAACAGACUAGACGGCAAAAUACCAUGUUCUCGCAGAGAAAGAAACUGCCAUUAGGAAGAGCAAAAAUCAAUGUGUGUAUUAUAAAAGGAGACCUUUCAACUGAAAAAAGUGAUGUGAUUGUGUGUACUGCCAGCAAAAAUCUGGACCUGGGCCGUGGACGAGCAUCUCGUGCAUUACUUGAGAAGGCGGGUGAUGACAUGUCAGAUGACUGCGAGAACUACCCUGAUGGUAUAGAGUAUGGUGAUAUAGCAGUUGUCAGAGCCGGGAACUUGCCAUGUAAGAGAGUCUACUUUGUGGCACUUCCUGUGUGGGGAACCGGCCAUGCUGAGGAGAAAGGAUUGGAAGCUUUAAUAAAAGAAUGUUUGAAAUCAGCCAGUGAUGAAAAAUGUGAGUCAAUAGCAUUUCCAGCCCUCGGUACAGGACUACUGAAGUACCCGGCAGACCGAGUGGCACACUGUACAUUACAGUGUAUACAGGACUUCAGUAAUAACCGCCCAAACACUUCACUGAAAUAUGUGAACAUUAUCAUCUUUCAUCAGGACAAUGCUUCAUACAAUGCAUUUGAGCAGGAAGCGAGAUCUCGUGCCUCAGCCAGCAGUCAGGGUGGGGCCUCAGGUGGUGCAAAGGCCAAACUUAAGACCCCUAUUGGGGUCAGAUCUAUAAUAUCAAGGCAAAUUUCCAAUGGUGGGGAUGCAGAUGCAAUAGGGAACAUCAAAGUCCAUAUCACAUGCGGAGAAAUCGCUAAAUUUCAUGCUGACGUUAUUGUCAAUAACACAAAGCAGGAUUUACAGUUACGUAAUGGAGGAAUGUCUGAAGCUAUACUUGAGGAAGCAGGUCCUCAACUUCAGGAGGAGUGUGAUGAGUCCUAUCCUAAUGGUAUCAGGGUGGGAGAGAUAGCUGUCACAGGAGGGUAUGGACUGAAUAGCAGGAAAGUUUAUCACGGAGCAUUACCUAACUGGGAUAGAAAUAAAUCUGCAAGUGCCAGAAAGCCUCUGUGUAAAUUUGUAUCUAACUGUCUGAAACAGGCAGAAAGGGACAAGGUACAAUCUAUAGCCUUUCCUACAUUGGGAACAGGUUCCCUCAACUACCCGGCAGAUAUCAGUGCACAGACAAUGUUUGAAUGUAUUAAGAAACACCAGAACACGUGCUCAGACACGUGCAUUUCAGAUAUAAGUAUUGUUGUGUAUGAGAAGGGAGAUAAAUGGAGAAAAAUCAAGGCAGCUUUUGAACAAGAACUGAGUAAAGUUUUAGAAUCAGAUGAUGAGGAGGAGGAGGAAGAGGGAAACAGUGCUAUGUACAAACUUCUAGAGAUGGCAGCCAAAAACUCCCUGGAACGUACCAUCGCCCCACCGCACGGAACUAAAGACUGGUUCAAACAUCAUUACAGAACUAACCCAAGGUCACCGAACUACUGGACUGUGUACACUGAUAAUAAAACAUUGAAAGAUUGGCGCUUAGAUUCCGACGAUAUAAAACCAAAAAGGAUACCAGUGGACAGACAGACUUUUGAGGCAGUAAAAAAAGUUGCCUUGGCAACAUGGCAAAGUCAGCAUGUAGGUCAAGGUCGCGAUGCUAAAGGUUUAAAUAAUCUAAACUAUACAAAUAUACAAAUAAAAAAAGUGGAAAGAAUAGAAAACUGUGAACUGUUUGAAAAAUACGCCCUUAAAAGACAAGAAAUGUUUCAUCAAGCUUCAAAACAGGGAGCAUUUGCUCCCUUACAAAAUGUGAAAGGUUCAAGCGGAAAAAUAAUGACCACUGAUAAUAUACCUAAAGAUUCAGCUCUUGCUAGAGACAUACAUCCAGAGAUAAAUGAGCACUAUAUGUUUCAUGGAACUGUAGAAUCUGUAGCAGAUACAAUUAUAAAGCAGGGAUUGGACUGCAGGUUGGGUGGAGCAGCGGCCAUGUUUGGACAAGGUGUCUACGCAGCAGAGAGUUCAACUAAAUCGGACCAGUAUGCAGAUCCCAUAUCAAACAGAACAAGCAGUGAGAAGAAAAUGUUUCUUAUAAGGAUGUGCCUUGGAAAAAUGUAUGUUGAAAAAAGUGCUAAAACAUUUGCACGUGCUCCGUGCAUGCAUUGCUGUAUGGACAAAUGCUCGUGCAAAGAUAAUAGUUUCUUUGACUCUGUGGUAGGGGAUGGUGGCUGGAACUUCAGAGAGUUUGUCGUGUAUGAUAGAACACAGGUGUAUCCGGAAUAUCUCAUCACGUAUGUUAGGGUUUAAUGGUAGUGUGCAUGUUCUGGAAUAUCUCGUCACUUACGUUAGGGUUUAAUGUCAGUGUGCAUGUUCCGGAAUAUCUCGUCACUUACGUUAGGGUUUAAUGUUAGUGUGCAUGUUCCGGAAUAUCUCAUCACUUACGUUAGGGUUUAAUGUUAGUGUGCAUGUUCCGGAAUAUCUCAUCACUUACGUUAGGGUUUAAUGUUAGUGUGCAUGUUCUGGAAUAUCUCAUCACUUAUGUUAGGGUUUAAUGUUACGUUAUGUUAUGUUUAGUAAACUAGAUGUCAUGGUUAAACAUUGGAAUAAAACCUGAGUCAAAUAUAUGGAAACAUAAACAUGUCACAAGAGAAUGGCAAUGCAUAUGUUAACUGAUAAGACUGGCAUCAAAAGUAUUAUUUUUUAGCUCUUCUGAUUUUUUGAAAAAAAAUGAUUAGUUAUUGUCAUAACUUGAUUGGCGUCGGCGUUGCCUGGUUUUAUGUUUAGGUCAGCUUUUCUCCUAAACUAUCAAAGGUAUUGCUUUGAAACUUGCAACACUUGUUCACCAUCAUAUGCUGACUCUGUACAGCAAGAAACAUAACUCUGUCCUGCUUUUUGCAAGAAUUAUGACCCCUUUUGGACUUAGAAAAUAUCAGAUUUAUUGGUUAAGUUUUAUGUUUAGGUAAACUUUUCUCCUAAACUAUCAAAGCUAUUGCUUUGAAACUUGCAACAAUUGUUCACCAUCAUAAGCUGACUCUGUACAUCAAAAAACAUAACUCCAUCCUGCUUUUUGCAAGAAUUAUGGCCUUUUUUGGACUUAGAAAAUCAUGGGUAGGACAGUUUUUCUGUUAUACAAAAAAAAAUCAGAUGAGCGUCAGCACCCGCAAGGCGGUGCUCUUGUUCUAAAGAUUAAAUAGGUGUGUCAUUGUAAAAUGAUGUUUACACUUGAAAUAAUUCCAGAUUAUGCCAUAAAAUUGAUACUGAAGCAUUGUCUCAAACAUACGUCAGUGCACAGACCUUUACAUUUUACUUUUCUAUUUGAUUUAUUGAUGAAGUUUGUAUAUAUUUUGUACUUUUAAGUGUGCGUGUUAAUAUAUUUUUACAAAGUCUUUGCAUUGUAACUGGUUUUAGAUGAAAUGCUUCAUUAGUGCUGUAUUUUAUUGACUAUUGUCAAGCAGUACAGGGUUAAUGAACAUGUAUAGGCAACUUUAUAAAACCUAAAAUUUAAAUGUAAAGUUCACUUUGUGUUUUUGCAAGUUAUGUGGAGGAGGUGGGUUAGCAUACCCAACCAAGCUAUUUUUCUGUUUCUAAACUUUUACUUUAGAAAUAUUUCAUAUACCCUGUUCUGUAGCAGUGAAAAUUUCAGUCUUUAAUAAAAAGUAGUCCAACUAAACCUGCUUUGGUCAUAUGGUUACACUACACUUCGGUGUUUUUUAUAUGUUUUUAAACGUGUUUAUUCACAAAGUAAACAAAAAUACUGAAAUAGUGCCAUGUGAAGCAGCUCACAUCAAAAUGUACUUACAUUUGAAAUUAAAUUCUUAAGGCAGUCUUCUUUCUGUCGACUUAAAUCACCUCCAGGUGCAAAAAGCAUUGUAAUGUUUUAUUUUUAAAUUUUCAUUUUCAUAAAGUCACCAUAUGACCUGUAAUUCUGUCAUUGCAACGUUAAAGCCAACCAAAAAAGAAAAAAAUCGUAAAUUUCUCAUCAACACUCACAAUAGCUUAUACAUGAUCAGUAGUGUGUUAUAAGCCUGAUAUGAGCCGUGCCAUGAGAAAACCAACAUAGUGGGUAUGCGACCAGCAUGGAUCCAGACCAGCCUGCGCAUCCGCGCAGUCUGGUCAGGCUCCAUGCUGUUCGCUUUUAAAGCCUAUUGGAAUUGGAGAAACUAUUAGCGAACAGCAUGGAUCCUGACCAGACUGCGCGGAUGCGCAGGCUGGUCUGGAUCCAUGCUGGUCGCAUACCCACUAUGUUGGUUUUCCCAUGGCACGGCUCAUAUCAUUAUAGCAGCUUAGGCUGUAAUAUCAGUAACUGUGUUAAGGAUUCAUACUUAGAUCUAUGUAUAUUACCUGUUGCAAGAGAAAAAAUCCAUAUCUCAUGAAAACUAGAAUUGAAUGGCUAUUUUAAUCCUAUCACAUGUUUUAAAUGAACAUAUUCACCUACAAGUCUGUUACCCAAAAUGACCUGUUUAUCGCUUUCAAAAUCAAAUUAUUAGCAUGGAUCCUGACCAGACUGCCUGGAGAUAUAUAUUAAGUUCCAGAAUUGUGUCUAAUGUAAUGGAAUAUUAUAUAGUCGACAUGUUGUCGACAUGUUUUCAACAUAAAUGUAACGUAUAUGUAAUAUAUGAUGUAAAUCUGUACUGUUGAGAAAGUCUCACUUAUGAGUUUAUUAUAGUGUUGAACACUAGGUAAUUUUUACUUCACAGAUGGAUUUUAGUAGUUUUAUGUUUAGCUCACCUGUGACAGUGAACACGAUACAGACCACAUUUUACAAUCAACUUUACUCAAAUUUGCACACAACUUGUAUUGGCAUAAUAUCUCGGUUCUUUUCGAAAACUGGCCAGAUCCCAUCAUGGGUUCAAGAUUUAUGGAGUUUAAAGGGCAAAAAUAUGCUAUUUUAGGCUUGUGAACACGAUAGAAACCACAUUUUGCAAUCAACUUUAAUCAACUUGUAUGGGCAUAAUAUGUCAGUUCCUUUUUAAAACUGGCCAGAUCCCAUCAUGGGUUCCAGAGUUAUGGCCCCUUAAAUUGCCAAAAUUUGCUAUUUUGACUUGGUUUGAUUUGACACAAACUUGCAAAAUAUCUUCUUAGAUUCCAUGAUGAAUUUGUCAGAUCCAGUCAUAGGUGCCGGAGUUGCAGCCUCUGAUUGACCCCUAAUAGAGGCCCCAUUUAUGACCAAAUCUUCAUGAAACUUGGUUAGAAUGUUUAUCUUGAUGAUUUCUAGGUCAAGUUUGAAACUGGGUCAUAUGGGGUCAAAAACUAGGUCACCCAGUCAAAUCAAAGGAAAAGCGUCAUAACACUCUUGUUCAUUUGAUGUGUAUGAAAAUUGGUCAGAAUGUUUGUCUGUAUGAAAUAUCGUAUGAAUUUUUAUCUGGGUCAUGUGGGGUCAAAAACUAGGUCACCAGGUCAAAUCAAAGAAUAAGCUUGUUUACACUCUAGGGGGCACAUUCUUGAUUCUAUCUUAAAUUUUGGUCAGAAUGUUUGUUAUCAUGAAGUCUUGGACGAUUUCAAAUCUGGGUCACGUAUGGUCAAAAACUAGGUCACUAGGUCAAAUCAAAGAAAAUGCUUGUUUACACUCUGGAGGUCACAUUUUUGGUCCAAUCUUAAUGAAAAUUGGUCAGAAUAUUUGUCUCCAUGAAAUCACUAGGCAAAACACGUUUACGCUGUUAUGGUAUGUUACACAGGUGAGCGACCUAAGGUCAUCUUGGCCCUCUUGUUGCAAAUAUAUAUAUUGUGUAUUUAACAAAUUUAUGUGAAUACACAGUUAUGUCUACAUGUUUAAUGUUCCUAUCUGCAUAUAUAUGUUUAUUUUGUUUUCUCACAACCUUGUAAAAUUUAUACUUCUUCAAUGAAAUAUACCCUAAUAUUUGGGUCAAACUUAACAUAUUUUUGUUUUGAACUGUUUCUUUAAGUUUGUCAAAGUAGCACAGUACUAUCAGAAAUUUAUAUAUGCAACUGUUACACACCCCAGUCCUUAUUAUCUGCUGCUAAAGAUGUUGGUCCCCCAGUAAGUACAUCUGUCCAUCCAAAAUUGAAAAUGCUUCUACACAAAGUAGAUCACUAUAGGGUGGUGGUACACACACUAUCAUUAGGAUCACUUUAACUACCUCAUAUUGCCCUCUGAUUGUUUUACAAUCCAUGAAUACCCACAUAAGAAAGUAAUCCAUAGAAUGGAUCUUCAUGAAAUUUAAAACAGACUUAGAUCGCUGGAGGGUAGCGGUGCCUGCUCAUUUUCCAUUAGGAUCUCCUCUUCAGUUGCUGCAAUGUUAUUGCCCGUUGUUUUAAAAUCCAUAGUUAUAUCUUUAAAUUAAAUCUUUUAAAAGUCCCCGCAUUCACAAAACAACGCUUUUGGCGAGGAUAUAAAUUCACUUAAUGUCAAUGUUGCAAGCUGAGACUAAGCCCUAAACCUGUGUUUAUAGUUUGGUCUUUUUUUUUCCACAUUUUAUUGACUUUGAAGUUUGAAUAAGUAAUUAACCUUAAGCCUGCUGGCACUGGCGGCAAGAGAUUCUGCUUUUGCAACCAGUGAAGCCCAAUCAUGGUCUGCACUGUUUGCUGUUCAGUCAGUAAAUUUUCAGUGAACACCUCUUUGAAUAAUAAAUGGUAUUGCCCAAACUGAAUGAUGGACCAGCCUAUUUUAGAAAUUUAGCAGGCUAAGGGUUAAUUUUGCAUUAUCAUUGUGAGUUUGAUUCUUACAUGUAUGUUCUCAUUGACAUUGUAUCAUUGUACCUCUGAUUCAUGUGGUGAAGUUGGUAGUUACUUGUGGAGUUUUACACAGACUCUAGGAACAAUAGUUAGGUUAACUGCCCACCAUUUCAUAAACCCAGACAAACAUUGUAAUACAGAAACUGUUAUGUCCAAGUGCAAAAUGUACAUAUUACUGGACAAAGGAUUGUUCUAGUUUGUCAGAAGUUGAAUUUGACAAUGGUCUACAUGCUCCCUUACAAAUGUAGUAUGAACCACGCCAUGAGAAAACCAACAUAGUGCAUUUGCAACUAGCAUGGGUCCAGACCAGCCUGCACAUCCGUGCAGUCUGGUCAGGAUCAUGCUGUUUGCUUUCAAAGCCUAUUGCAAUUAGAGAAACCGUUACCGAUCAGCAUGGAUCCUGAAUGACUGUGCGGAUGUGCAGGUUGGUCUGGAUCCAUGCUGGUCGCAAAUGCAUUAUGUUGGUUUUCUCAUGGCGUGGCAUCAUAUCACUUACAGCAUUAUAAAGUGUUUAUCCUUACCAUAUGGAUCAUUACCUGAACAGUAACUUCAGUUGUUUCUGAAUAUGGAAUGGUGAUUAUAUGCUUAUGUCUUCUUGUAAGAUCUUUUCAAUAAAACCGACUAUACAAAUCA